AUGAUUGCAUUUGAUCGACAGACACACUUGUCAAAAUAUUGGUUUCUUUAUGGAAUUUUUUUUUCUAUUAUAUUAGCUUUUAUUUAUCCUGAAUUUGGCUCAAAAGAAGGUCCAUUAAAACCUGAAUGGACAAUAAAAUCAUUAGGAACAAUAAUAAUUUUUUUAUUGAAUGGUUGUUCAAUAAGACGCGAGGAACUUUAUCGAACAGUUCUUCAAUAUCGAAUUCAUUUAUUUAUUCAAAUAUUUUCAUUUCUCAUUUGUCCUUUUCUAUUUACAAUAUUGUCUACUAUCUAUCGAUCAUUAACAUAUCAAUACCAAGUUGCUAUUGGAAUAAAAGCAUUAGGAACUUUACCAUCACCAGUAUCUACUGCCGCUUAUGUUGUUCGAGCUAUUGGUGGAAAUGAAGCAAUUGCUAUGCUUAAUUCAACUCUAGGUAGUCUAUUAGGAACAAUCCUUACACCUAUGCUUCUCUACAUGAUGCUCGGAGGAACAUCUUCCAGUGGACAACAUUCGUUUAUUCAUGUGCUUAUAUCACUUUCAAGUACUAUUUUAAUGCCACUUGGUAUAGGACAACUUUUACGUGUCCAUUUUCCACUUGCUAUCAAUCGAAUAAUGCCAUAUGCAAAUACAAUUAAUAAUUGGAUAUUACUUGGCAAUAUUUAUAUAACAUUUUGUCAGACAUUUCAGCAACAUAGUCCAUUAAAUUUAACAUUUAUUGAUUUUUUAAUUCUUCUUAUGACAAUUCUUAGUAUACAAAUUUUUUUAAUCAUUCUUUUGUUUUUUGCUUGUCGAAAAGUUCAUGUUCGUCCUAAUGAUACAAUUGCUAUUGUAUUUUGUGGUAGUCAAAAAUCAUUAACUACUGGAAUGCCUAUUUUACAAAUGAUUUUUCCUGAAAAUAUUUCAAUAACUAUACCAUUAUUAAUCUAUCAUCCAAUGCAAAUAAUUAUAGGAAAUUAUUUAACAUCAAUAUUUCAACGUUGGUUAAAAGAUGCGAAAUAUCAAUGGUUAGUUAUUUGA